AAAUAAAAUAGAAUAAAACUAUCUUAUAUUAUUGUUUUAUGUUCUCCAACGACGACGUGGUGUAACGUGAACCUUGUCGUAUCACGGGCUUCGUUGCUACCCCUUCAUUCCAUCCGUUUCCUGCCCACUCCUUCCAAAAAUGUCGAAGCUGCCUCUACCUACUUCUCAGUCUCACCUCACCACCUCCAUUCACCACUUCCGCAACACAUUAUGCUUUGCUUCUUCCCUUCAAUUUCAAUGCCCAUUUUCCCUUUCGUAUCUCUCUCAUCCCCACCCUCUCACUCUCGCUCCCUUCCGUUCCCACAUGCGUAGACGAAGACACCUUUCCCUUCAAGCCUUCGAUUCUUCUUCCGAAACCAAAAGCGAUGAAGAAGAAAAGAAUAAUGAAGGUGGCGUUAAUAAUCAGAGUGUUAGAAUGACUGAUGAGGAGUAUCCCAAUGGAGAGUUUGAAUUCGAACCAAUUACCGGAUGGAGAAGCUUCCUCGUGAAGCUUAAGAUGCUCGUUGCGUUCCCUUGGGAGCGGGUUCGCAAGGGCAGCGUCCUCACAAUGAAGCUUCGUGGCCAGAUAUCGGAUCAAUUGAAGAGUAGGUUUUCUCCAGGACUUUCUCUACCUCAAAUUUGUGAGAAUUUUUUGAAAGCAGCGUAUGAUCCUCGUAUUUCUGGGAUCUAUCUCCAUAUUGAUGGUUUAAAUUGUGGAUGGGCUAAAGUAGAAGAAAUUCGAAGGCACAUAUUCGAUUUCAAAAAAUCAGGAAAGUUUGUUGUAGCUUAUGUCCCUUCAUGUCAAGAAAAAGAGUAUUACCUUGCAUGUGCAUGUGAGGAGAUAUACGCCCCUCCAAGUGCUUACUUUUCUUUGUUUGGAUUGACUGUUCAAGCUUCGUUCCUUAGAGGUAUUUUAGAUAACAUAGGAAUUGAACCACAGGUGGAAAGGAUUGGCAAAUACAAAAGUGCAGGAGAUCAACUAGCUCGAAGAACCAUGUCUGAAGAAAAUUGUGAGAUGCUGACUGCAUUGCUUGACAAUAUCUAUGAAAAUUGGCUAGACAAGGUCUCUUAUGCCAAAGGAAAGAGAAAAGAAGAUAUUGUGAACUUCAUAAAUGAAGGUGUUUACCAAGUAGACAAGCUUAAAGAAGAGGGACUCAUAUCAAAUAUAGUCUAUGAUGAUGAGGUUAUUGCCAUGCUGAAGGAGAGACUUGGAGUGAAAUCAAAUAAAGAUCUGCCUAUGGUGGAUUACAGGAAAUACUCUCGAGUUAGGAAAUGGACAGUUGGAAUAUCAGGUGGUAAAGAACUAAUAGCCGUUAUCCGAGCAUCCGGGAGCAUUAGUCGUGUAGAGAAUCAAUUAAGUGCCUCUAGCUCAGGCAUUGUUGCGGAGAAGUUCAUUGAGAAGAUUCGUGAGGUCAGAGAGUCAAAAAAAUUUAAGGCUGCUAUCAUCAGGAUUGACAGUCCCGGAGGUGAUGCUCUUGCUUCAGAUUUGAUGUGGAGAGAAAUCCGGCUUUUAGCUGCUUCAAAACCAGUCAUUGCUUCAAUGUCUGACGUGGCUGCAAGUGGAGGGUACUACAUGGCAAUGGGAGCUGAAGCUAUUGUUGCAGAAAGUCUUACCUUAACUGGUUCAAUUGGAGUGGUCACAGGAAAAUUUAACCUGGGGAAACUAUAUGAGAAGAUUGGCUUUAACAAAGAAAUUAUAUCAAGGGGAAGAUAUGCUGAGCUCCUUGCAGCUGAACAACGUCCUUUUAGACCAGAUGAAGCAGAGCUAUUUGCCAAAUCUGCUCAGCAUGCUUAUAAACAAUUUCGAGACAAGGCAGCUUUGUCUAGAUCAAUGACUGUAGAAGAGAUGGAGGAGGUUGCGCAGGGGAGGGUUUGGACUGGUAAAGAUGCAGCUUUGCAUGGUCUAGUUGACACUAUUGGUGGGCUCUCUCGAGCUAUUGCCAUAGCCAAAUUGAAGGCCAACAUACCGCAAGACAGACAGGUUACACUUGUGGAGAUCUCCAGACCCAGCCCUUCUUUAACCGAUAUUUUAUUAGUAGGUAAUACCUUCAUUGGAGCUGACAGAGCAUUGAAGGAACUGCUACAGGGCUUGACAUUUUCUGAUGGAGUUCAAGCCCGAAUGGAUGGGAUCUUGUUUCAGAUAUUGGAAGGAUAUUCUUUCGCCAACCCCAUUUUGUCAAUAAUAAAAGAUUACCUCAGUUCCCUCUAGUUCAUACAUAAUUCAUUUCACUGCUUUUAUCACGUUUUAUUUCUUUAGCUUUCCCUAUGUUGUUCCUUGUUGUGAGGUUGUCCGAAGGCAGGGUUAAUAGAUGACGAGGACCUUCUUUGUAUCUUGGGUUACAUGUUGGCCCUUCGUUCUCUCGCUCACAAUCCUUGUACAUGUAUGAUGUAAAGUUGGAAGGUUUCAAGCAUAGUUACUUGAUCCUCCAAAAUGAAAGUGUCAUAAAGUCAUCUUCUAAAGAUUUGGAAUAUCAAUUUGUUUAAAUCUUUUAAUUGGACUCAAACUUCAAGAAUACAUGUUAAGUUAAAACAAAUUUUUACUGGUCGAUCUACUUUAUUAAUCAUUUGACACCUCUUUAGUAAU